ACAGUACUGAUAACUGUGAGACACACACAGGUGGACUUCUGCUGCUUUUGAACAAGUCUCUCUACCACACACACACACACACUUUCAGUAAAGGGGGGCCUGAGGGUAUAAAAAGGUAGUGGGCAGAGAUGACCAGUGCAGAAAGUUUCAGGAGACUGCAAACAUGCUCAGGUUUCUUUUGUUGACCUCUCUGGCAGCCCUCGGUAAGAACUGACCGCUUCUUCUUCUCCUCCUUUCACAUCUUACACACACAUACGCGCACACACACACACAGCACAAGCUCAUAUUUUUCAUCUUUGCUAUCUGUAUUGCCUCACGUGUCUCAGUGCUGGCCGAGCUGGAGCCCCAGCCCAGGUACCUGGAGGAUGACAGCGCUGAGGAGAGAGUCGUGGGCGGCGAGGUGGCCAGACCCAACUCUUGGCCUUGGCAGGUACAGAACUGUAGGCGCUAUAAAACCUCCACACGAGGCGUUUAUAUCCAAGGUUUUAUGUAUGCUGUGAAUUUUAAAUAAUGUCAUCUAGGUGAGGUAUAUCUUAGAAUCUCUUCUGGUUUGACUGAAAACCUGCAGCAAGGUCACUGCAAACAGAUUUUUUUUUUCAUGAAUGGUAUUUUUGAAGGUUAAGAUGACUCUGUAGGAUUUAUAGGAUGGACCCUCUUUUUAAUAGGCAGUCUUGUGAUUUACAGAUUUACAGUUUAGCUGUAGUAAGUAACAUAACUCUACAGGUACAAAGUAUCUUCUACAGUAUCAAUACUGUGGGAAUAGUUGGCCUGAAAUUUACACGAUAGAAUAAAUUUUAUAUGUUUGCCUGAAUAAAUCAAAGGAAGCUGAAUCUGUAUCUUAAGAACAGAUCCAAAAGAUUAUAGAUAUGGUAUUAGCAAGAAAAUGUCCAAGUUUUUUCAUGUGUGGGGAUGGAGGGAGGGGGUGGACCUGCAAUCAAACAUAAUUAUGACAGUCUGAAGGAGUUUGUUUGUUAUUUUCUUCCCUUAAUUAGUGAAAUAAUGACAAAAAUAGGGAACUGAAGACAUGUAUCAUCGAAAAACAACCUUGUUUGUCAUGUUGAUGGACUGAUUCCUCUCCUACCCACCUGUUUUCAUAAAGACAUGUUAAAAAUUGUCAUAAUUUAAAGUACCAGCAAAAGGAAAUGCUAAAAACAUGGUCCAAAUUGUUGUUUUUUGUUGAUUUUAACUUAAAGACCCACUCUGAUGAAAAUCAUGUUUUUCUUGUUUUUUACAUGUUCAUGUGGCAUUUUUCUGAUACUAUAGAACAUAUCGAGAAAAAUAAGAGUGAAAUUUCUGAGAAAAUUCUACAUUCAAAUUUCUGUGAACCUGUUGUUUGGGCAGGCCCAAACAGCAGUUCAGACACAAUGAGAUUUCCUAUGUCACAAAUCCAAGCUCCGCCCCCAGAGCCCCACCAUGCAGGCAAGACUCAGAGAAAAAGAGAGGAUGGUUGCGGAACAAGUGUGUGCGUUAGUGGAUUGUAAUGCUGGUAAGAAAGCUAAUUAUGAUAUUAACUUUCAUCGUGUCCCUAAAGACAUUAGUGUCCGAGAGCUAAUUAGUUCCUAUGUUACCUGUUACUUCUACUACACCAGCAAUGUUAGGCUACAAGCUAGCGUGAAGAGGAGUGUGCAGAGCAGUGCUGACUCCGCCCACAACUCAGAGGCGAAUUGCUAAUGAGCUACUGGAGCUCUGCAGAAAAAAAGCCUUUAAAGAUGAUACAGGUAACAUGAUUGUGGCUAAAAACUUCGUAAUCACAAUUUAACGACCACUUAAAACACUGUAAGUAGAAAAAAAUGAUCGUAGUGGGAUUUAAAAGUCCUGCCUCUAUCAAGGAAAAUAGCCGGUCCAAGUUGAGAGCUUCUCCAAUCAGAUUUCAAGUCCACUCCUCUAGUUGUGAAGAAGUGCUGUAUUUCUCAGCACAAAACUAAGAUGAAUUUGGACAUACCCAAGCAAAUAACCCUUGAUUAAAACUCUUGGUAAAAGCAACAUUUGAUUGACUCUAUUUUCUAAAUGUUAAAAGAGUCACUGCAGCUUUUAUUUGUCUGCAGGCAAAUACCCGCCGAGUUCAGCAGGGGAAUUUCAGAGGGUGAUUUACUCUCCUACGAAGAGUUUUUUGUCGGGAAAGCUGCCAAAACGCACUUUGCACUAAUGUGAAUGUGUCGAUUUGUGGUUGUAAUGCCCUCUGUUCUCUUUUCAUUAGAUCUCUCUUCAGUACAAAUCUGGCAGCAGCUUCUACCACACCUGUGGAGGUACCCUGAUCAGGAGAGGAUGGGUCAUGACCGCUGCUCACUGCGUGGACCGGUAUGAGUUUAAUUCUCACAAAAGAGCUGCUGAGCCUAAAACAAAUGUACACUGUAUGUGAUUGAAGGAGGAUGAGAAAGACACCUUUACAUAACGUAAAUAAUAGUCCUGAAAUAAUCCUGAUUUAAUCUAAUGUCAACAAUCCAGUAAUAUUCGAUUCAAACACAUAGUUUCCGUGUCAAAAAUGGAUUUUCAGCAGCUGUCUAAAGGUUGCAAAAGAUUGCCAACUGUCAGAGAGGUUAGAUUCGAGCGGAAAAUGAACAUUAGAUGUACUUUUUUAAAUUUCUGUACAGUUCCAGGACUUGGCGCGUUGUUCUCGGAGAUCACAACAUCAACUCCCACGAGGGCAAAGAGCAGUACAUGAGCGUGAGCCGCGUCUACCUCCACCCCAACUGGAACUCCAACAACGUUGCUGGAGGGUGAGUGUGGCUUUGUGGGUCAAGGUUUGGCACAUCUGCAUUCAAUCUAUUACAGGCUGUUAAAUGCACAUUACAUACUACAAAAAUAAUACAUUUAGUUAUUUAUAAGACAAAACAAUUGAACAAAAAAUAAAUCUAAAUGCUUUCUGUUCUAAUGUGAAAGAAAUGGGGACACUUCAGUUUCAGAAAACAAGGUUCUUUUUUUUUCUUAAAGCUCCUGUGAGGAGUUUUUUUUUACACAAAUGAAACAGACUAAAAUACACAGUCAGUGUGAAGAGAAUCAGUCCUAUCUUUAUGCUUUCCACAUAAAAUAUUCCCAAUUAAUUUAAAUUGCAAAAAGUCUGCAAGAGGACACCGCUUAAGGGCAUAUAUAUCAAGAAGAGAAGACUGUUUUGUCCACAGGAGGCGCCAAAGUUGACACGAAUUGAAAAUUUCUCACAUAAGCUUUAAGUUUGCAAAGUAAAAUUCCAUCUGAUUGACAAAUCUUUGGAUUGAUGAGACUGGAGAUCAUUUCAUUAAAGAUAUAUGAUCAUACAGAUGUAAAAUUUGUUGUGCAGUCAAAUGAAUGUGCAGUCAGCUUAUUCCUCAUUGUUCAGAUUUGUAGCUUUUUUCUGUCUCAUAACAACCAAUAGAUUCGUUGUGAGAAUAAUUUACAGAUAGUUAUGGCUGUAAAUAAAUAUUUACAACCAGCAAUGAACAGCAGCUCAUAUUUCACCGGGACAGUAACUGAGUUUUUAUGAGUUACAGCUGAAGAUUUCCCGGGACUUUUGGAUGUGCUUUGCCAAGUAAAGACGCACGUGUAAAAGUUGUCAAAUAAGUAUUAUAUUUGCCAGAUAUCUCUCACUUUGGGGGGCUGGGUUGUAAACAUUUUGUUUUGGGAACGAACGAGUGCCCUUUCAGUGCAGUUUAAGAUCGAAAAUGACUUCUAGAUCGACUCGAGCUGGUGGAGAGAAGCAGCAGGUUGUUGGCAACGCGGCCUCCUUAGCUAGCAAGGACAAUGUUAUCCCAACACAUGCUGACAAAAUACUUUAAUGGGCCAAGGAUAUGAUAAGAUAUAAGAUCAGGAUCGCCAGGUGUAAGAAAGAAAGGAGACGAAGGCCGAGAUAGAAAAAUGGACUAAAAGUUUGGAAGAUAAUACUAAAGCCCAGUUUGAGCUGCUAUGAAGGGAGAUGAGGCUGAUUGGCGAAAAAACUAGCAGUCUGGUUAAUAGGAUGGAUGAACAAAAAAAAAGAGGUAGAUAAAACACUGAAUGAUAGUCUGACACUAUAACCAACACGAAGACAAGACUGAAAGAACUGGAGAAGGAGAUAUUGAAGUUAAGGGAACGGAGUGAAGAUGUAAGAGAAGACGUUUCAACUCGAGUGUGUUUUCUGACCCUCAGAUGGGAUAUUGCUCUCCUGCGUCUGUCUUCUGAUGCUUCUCUCAACGGUAACGUGCAGCUCGGUGCCCUGCCCCCCUCUGGUCAGGUCCUGCCCCACAACAACCCCUGCUACAUCACCGGCUGGGGUCGCACCCAGAGUGAGUCCCACGUUAUCAGUGAUAUUACUGUCCAUACAAUCCAGUAUACUCUGUUAAUAACACUAAUUAUUGUUACAUUAAGUGUUCCCAAAGCUGAAUAAUGAUGUACCUUUGGUCGUCCUCAGCUGGCGGUCAGCUGUCUGCUCAGCUGAAGCAGGCCUACCUGCCCGUUGUCGACCACAACACCUGCUCUAGCUACGGCUGGUGGGGCAGCACCGUGAAGAACUCCAUGGUCUGUGGUGGAGGCGGCAGCGACUCUGGUUGCCAGGUAAAGAAUAAAAGUCAUGUUUAAGCUCUUAUAUUGAGCAUUUUUAAGAAGAAGAUACAAAUGCCCACUCCACUGUUUUCCUGUUGCACUCGCUUUGAUGGAAAACCAUGAUUGGGAGUAGGGGUGGGAAUCACCAGGGGCCCAAUGAUACGAUAUUAUCACGAUACUUGGGCCAUGAUAAGAUAUUAUUGUGGCCCAAGAUUUUUAACAUUUUGCAAUACAGUGAGUAUUGCAAUACAAUAAAUUGCGAUCUAUACAAUAUUUUCAACCAUUUAGCUAAUUUACCAUUUGUCUUUCCUUUAUGUUUGUCUUAUUUACGCUGUAUUUUAUUUUCAUGUAGCACAUCUUGCAAACCUUUAUAUAUAUUUGUUGUAAUAACUUUCUCCUGCUCUUUAAUGUCACCUCUGCCAACCUCACUGGACAAACAGUUGGUUUUAUUUUUCCAUUAUCGUAGAUUUGACAUAUUAACAAUUAAAACAAUUGAUACUUGGCCAAUGAGACGAUAGGAUAUAUCACCAGACAAAAUAUUGCGAUACUAUGCUGUAUUGAUUUUUUUCCUAAUGGGAAGCUUUCGAAGAGAUACUUCACAUUUCCCAAGCCUUAAGUUUUAGUUCCAAGUUAAACAGACUUAAGUAAAAUCAUUUGAGGUUUUUAUUAAAGUCCCGCAACCAAAUAUUCAGAAUUUACUUUUGCGAAUAUAAGAGAGAGAGAGAAAAACACUCUUGGGAAACAAUCCCAGAACUCUGGGGAACCAUACAACCGGACACUUCAGUUGUAUCUAUUAAAGGUUUUUAAGUUUUCAUCAAUGGCACAAAUGUAGGUGAUCUGUUAUGUGCACUUUUAUUUAUUAUUACAGAAAGUAAAAUAACAUUUAAAAGUUAUAAUUACAGUGUUUAAGGAGAUAAUAAAUGGCCUUUUUUAAGCAUUUUAACCUGAAGCUAAAUUUUGUUAAAGGCCUGUAAUAGAGCUAUAAAAUAUGGGAAAUCACUAAAGCAUCAAUAAAUCCAUUAGAUAUGAUAAAAUAUGAUUUAAGGUUUCUUGUUUCAGCAGGUUAUAGCCCCACUAGCUCAGAUUUUUAACCCACUUUGUCCAGUUUACUCCCACUACACUGUCACCCUUGAAGAGCAGUGUAAUGUUUCAGUAUGUGCAGACUGUAAAACACUGUAAAGAACCGCUCAGAAUUCAGUCCCACUCCACCAUGACAAAAUGAAUUGAGCGUCUCCCCCUCUGAGCUGAGGUCUGACCCCUUCCUGUCAAGAAAGAUAUUUUGGGGGACACAUGCAGGAUUACUUGCUGCAUCAGCAGGGGCAUAAGUCAGUACCAAUGAUCCAGACUUGUGCUUAAACUGCACAAAGUGUCAAAGUUUUUCAAGUUCACUCUGAGUCCAAACUUCUGGAGGCUGUCUCAGAUUGGACAGAGAUAUGAGGAAUAUGUAAGAAAGAAUUAAGAGCACUGGAGAAGAGUGAAUUUGUUCCAAACUUUGCUGAAAAUUUAUGAAUUUCUGACUCUGUGUUUGUCUGUUUCGUGUUUUCCUCCAGGGUGACUCUGGUGGCCCCCUCAACUGCAGUGUCAACGGCCAGUGGGUCGUCCACGGUGUGACCAGCUUCGUGUCCUCCUCCGGCUGCAACGCUUACAGGAAGCCCACCGUCUUCACCCGUGUCUCUGCCUACAUCAGCUGGAUGAACGGAGUGAGUUUGACCAAAAUUAAUCACAUUUAUCAGGAAUUUUCGAAAGCAUUUCUUGUGUGUUUUGCAUGAUCUGAGUCGCCUUUUAGUUCAUAAGGUACACUCUCAAAGAAAUGUGUGUAUUUCUGCAUCGUUUGGAGAAAAUCACAUAAUGACUCAUGUGUCCUUGCUUUGCCAGAUCAUGGGUUGAGAAGGAUGAUCUCCAUGGAGACGAGUGAAUACUCUGGAUCAAACUCAGUUUCUGCCAAACUCCAUCAGAAUAAAACCUCUUAUAAAUGUGCACCUAGACUCUGGUUUCAUUUUUCGUUGUGGAUCAGAUAUUCUGUGUGAGAAAAUCUUUGGAUACUUUAUAGAUUAAAAACUGAAACGUCUACACUGUUAUUCUGUUUUUCACUUCCUCUUAAUCUGAUAUGAUGCUGUCUGAGGAUGAUUGGAUGAUGAAGCUGAUAAAAACUCGGCAAUAAUGUGAGAAUGCAUAGAGGACUGAAUGCAAUAUACGGUGAUAUGAUUAGCAGAAUCUACAUGCAGGCAUUGGUCUUCUUAAAUGAUUUUGUGAGACCGGACAGAGAGAUGUUAUCAGACGGUGAUUGAUUGUAAACGGAAGAAGGUGGACUGGACACCUGGAUACACCUUGGAUGAGUUGCCAGUCUAUCACAGAGCAAACAUACAGACACCCAGAGACUCACUUAUAGCUGUAAGAAGUUUAGUAUGACUGUUUGACCUCACGACCUCAUAAUUUUUUUUUCACUUUGAUGAUAAAAGAAAAAAAAAGAUCAACCAGAAACUGAACAACCAGAAGAAAAACAACUAUUUUCAUAACAGGCGCAAUAAAAUAUCGAAAAAAAGAAGCAAUUUCACAACAGGGAUAAGUCUUAAAAAACAAAUAAACAAAUACUGAUAAUAAUAAUAAUAAUAAUAACACACCCUCACACUGGGCUUGGGGUACAAAUGACCCGAAUCUAGUUAGGCAUUAGGUCCAGGCUGUUUUCGUUUGUGUGUGUUCGCGCGCAUGUGUGUUUAUAUUUACCGUAUGUAUAAAGCAUUCAUAAUAAGAGGACAAGGGAUUGAUCAUUGGGGACAUUGUGACCCCUUAGACAUGGGAUAUGUUUAAUUUGAGGACAACAGGAGGGUUAAAAUCAGAAUAGAAUAAUUCAGAUAGCAAAGUCACUUAUCUAUAAUAUCCUUCAUACUUUGAGUUUUUAUCACAUACAAUAGAUAAAAAAAUCUACCUCUCUACUUCUAGCAGGACUCUGGGGGCGGAGCUUGGAUUUGUGAUGUAGGAAAUCUUACUGUAUCUGAGCCUUCCGUUUGUGUCUGUGAGAGAUUUUUAGCGAUUUGAAUGUAGAAAUACUAUUUAAUACUAUAAUACUAUUUUUCUCUUGAUAUGUCCUGUAGCAUCAGAGAAAUGAACAUAGGAACAUGUAGACAACAAGAAAAACAUGAAUUUCAUCGGAGUUGGUCUUUAACACUAUCAUAUACUGUAUAUGUAUAAGGUCUUCCUUUCCUGUUUUUUUUACUUUUUUCCCUGUAUUUCUUCCCAUUCAACAAACUCAAAAGUAUACUGUUUUCAUGUUCCUUUUCCUGCUCACUUAUCAUCACAUUUAUCCUUAUAUUAUGCUAAAUAAAUGCUUUACUCUGACAGGAAAAAAACACCUUUAAAUGAGUGACACAGGUUGUCAAACUGUCUCAAAAUCAAAGCUUUCAGAAAUCCUCCAGGCUGAGCAUAAAAGUGACUCUAAAACAAUCUGGAGUUAUGAAAUAUGUCAACUUUUACUCGUCUCAGAGGGAAAACUGUCAAAACUAAUAAAUUCCACAGCACAUCAGAUCACAAACAAAAAUAUUUCAAAAUGCAUAAAAGCACAAUGUUUUUUUUAGCACAGUAACGCAGGAGGAUGACCAUAAACACUCAC